UUUGUGUCUGCAGUUUCUUGCGUUUCUCACAGUUGAUCGUUACUGAUCAUACGUGAUACGAUAAGUGAUCGUGCUGUGAACGCUCACUGUUCGCCGAAUAUGCCUGGUUACGGAUGUCUGGUUGAAGGGUGUCCGAAUGCGGCGUACUCAUCGGAUAUUCGGUUUCAUGGUUUACCGAGUGACGACCAGCGGCGGCAGCAAUGGCUUGCGACAGUCCCGUCACGACUCUGGCAAGGUAGAAAGCUGGAGAACAUUCGGUUCUGUGAACGGCAUUUUACACCUUCCGACUACGUGAUGCACCCCUCUGUGUCACGACGACUCGGACUGCAGCGACAGAUGUACCGCCUGGAGAAGACGGCAGUUCCUUCUUUGAAUCUAGCUGCAGUUGCAGAGGCUGAUCGUCACAUGGAAGUCGAAGACUCUCAAGCUGACUGGCUGGAAGUGGUCACAUCUCGUGAGUCUCAUCAGACUACUACCACUAGCCAAGCUGCCUCAUUAGUGGAACUUUCCCACCUGGACCUUCCUGUUGGACAUGAGGUAUGCAGCACAUAUCCUUUCACAUUGUGCACUUGA